UCCGCCGCCGCGGUCGCCGAAGUUCCGGGGAGGAGCGCCGGCCUCGCCCGCUUUAAUUUCUCCGCCUGAAACCCUAGGGCCCAGAUCUAAACUCCACCCUCUUCGACCUAAAAUUCUAACUUCCUUCCAAAUCGUCUGCUCUCCACCCCGUCAAAUUGUCUCUCUCAAACCAGUGAAGAAAACGCAAGAGAAAAUCCUAACUUUCUUCCAAAUCGGAAUCCUCACUGCAGCGGUUGAUGCCUCCGCCGACGAGCAGUUGUUGCUUCCGAUUCUGGCGCCGCAUCUACUUUCUCGGACCCUCUCUCUCGAUUCACCUCUCUCAAUCAAAGAAAUCAACUGAAACAGGAAAGGGAAGGAAGCCCUAAUUUCGCCACCCCUGUCAUCUGCUAUCCCUAGGCGCCGCUACUGCACCGCCUGCCACGUCGCGCCGCCCUUCUUGUCUGCUAACCCUAGCUACGGCGAGCAGCGCCACCUGCUCAUCGCCGCCCCUCUCGUCUGCUUACCCUAGCCACCGCGACCAGCGCCGCCUACUCGUCGCGCCCCUGUCAUUGAGUAUGUGGCAGAAGACCGUGAAGCUAACAAGGAUGUGUCUGAACUUGAUCCCAGCCAUGUGACCGAGCUAAGAUGCUAGGCCUCUAUUGAGGUUAGUACAAAUUCACUUGCAUUUUUCAUGAGCAUCAGCAUCAUGUAUGGAAAUUAACAGCUGAAAAUGAAAAGCUGAAGGUAACAUUUGAGGUCUGCUUUAACUAUCUCUUGGUGAAAUAUAUGUUUCGUAACUCAUGAUAGGCUGUGGCGAAUCCUGAAUGGUUGGUUCAGAGUUUAGUGAGUUCUCUGGAAAAGAAAGUAGAUGAAGGAGAGAAGAAGUAUGAAGAGUCGAACAAGCUAGCUAUGGAGGCAGAGACAAAGAUAAUUAAGCUGAAGACCGAAAUGCAGAGGCUUGAAGAGAAAAUUUCUGACAUGGAGACAGCAGAUCAGGUUCUCCGUCGACAGGCUUUAAUGAAUAAUCCUUCAGGGAAACUAUCUGGGCAUUUACCUUCAACUACUCAUGAAGGGGAGAAUGGUCAUCAAGAACUUUUGAGUGCAGCACCAAGUAAAAGAUUUGGUACUGAAUCAGAUAGCGCAUUGAGGAAAUCUACCAUUGAAAGGCAACGUGGAAAAGCUUAACUCCAUGAAUUUGAUGCUUUAUAUGGCACCGAUUGCUGUUGUAGUUUGGCUGUGUUUGUAAUGGAACCUGAUAUAUUUAACUUAGUUGUCGCACUUGGAAAGGAACAUAAAUUCAUGUGGAUUCUUCUUUUCGUUAAUUCAACAGUGGAUUAUGAAGCGAACUUGUGCAAUUUCCUGGUGACUAAGCAUACAAGUGCUCUAACACUCCAGGUUCGUCUCCCUCGACCAAAUUGUGUGUAGGGUAGAUAGUAUGUAAUAUGUUUAUCUCAGGGGCAUUUACUUUUUAGUAUUAAGAAUAUAGUAUAUGAUUGUGUAUUUGAAAGAUAAUACGAGUGAUGUGAUAACAUUAGACCAGUUUAAUAAAAAUUGCCAACUUAUAUGGAACUCACAUCACUG